AUGUUGAAAGAGACGCGUGAGCUUUAUGAAGCUACUGCCGACGCCAAGGGUCUUCCCGAGGACCUUCGCACGGCCGCUGAGCACAUCCCAUUGGUGCUUGAGGUUCUCAGCCACGCAGAACAAAAUAUCAGACAAGGGCAUGUCACUAGCGAGGCGUUGCAAAGCUUGAAUUCUAUUCUGGAAGAAUGUAAAGACAGUGUUGUUAACGUCAAGGACAUCUUUGAGAGCACAAUGUCUUCCAAAGGCGCCUCCGGACCGGAGCAGUUGACCAAUGGCAAUAGGCUGAGAGGGUAUGUGGAAGAUAUCGUCAAGAAUAUGGAGCUUCUAGCUCAAAUUCACGUGCUCGAAGAUCCGGAAACUCUACGAGAUAUCCAAGAAGCUGUCGAGCAGUUAGGUAGUGCAGCUCAGCGACCGGACGAGGACACGGCAGAGAUUCGCCGCGAAACCCAGGCCAGCCAGCUAAGCCGCGAAGAUACCGAGCGCAUGAAGGCUUUCAGCAACCCUAUUGACUGCUUGGCGCAGAAGAAUCGCAACGAGGCCUGCGCACCAGAGACUGGACAGUGGUUCUUUCGCCACCGUAAGUAUCAGGACUUCUGUCUUGGGCAAGCACCACAGCUCCUGUUUGUGACCGCUGAGGCCGGCAGCGGCAAGUCUACUGUCAUGAGGACCUUCGUAGAUAGUAUCCAAGCCUCUAAACCCUCUGUUCUGAUCGCCCACUUCUUUUUCAAGGACGACGACGAGCUUCAACGCAGCUACGUCGACGCCCUUAGCGCGAUCAUUCACCAGCUGCUUUCCCAGCGCCCAGCGCUCGUGAAAUACAUCAGACAACCGGUCCAGCAAUACGGCCCAGAUAUCAAGAAUCUUCCCGGAGAGAUGUGGAAGGUGCUAAUUAAGUUCGCCUUGGACGUACAAGAUGACAUUAUCUGCGUCUUGGAUGCUGUUGAUGAGUGCGAACCUAGCGGAAGGGCCCAGCUUCUCCAAGAUUUGAAAUACUACCUGCAGGAGGCGGACUCGGCAAGGUCUCGUCUGAAGGUCAUAGUUUCUUCACGACCUUGCCAAGAUCGCUAUCAUCCGUAUGAGGAUCUGAUCAUUUGCUCGUCCAAAGUGCAUCACCUCGAUGGUGAGAACGCUAAAUUCGAAAUUGACAUCGCAAAGGUGAUCAGUUUCAAGGUGUACGAGCUGACGCGAAGGCGACAAAUUAGUGAUCGCACUUCUCAACGUCUUUCCGACAAAAUCAUGGACAGGAAUGUACAGACGAAAUCGUUCCUUUGGGUGAAGCUGGCCCUUGAACUUCUGAACACAGACCCAAGGUUCCAUCCAGAUGUAGGUGAGCGCACCAUCGACGAUAUCCUGGCUGCCAUUCCCGAGUCAAUCGGAGAACAAUUCGACCGGCUGCUGCAGUCAAGUUCCGAUCCGAGGCAUGCACGGAAUCUUCUAAGUGUGAUCCUAGCGGCUCGAAGACCUCUGAAAAUCGCAGAACUCAAGGUUAUUUAUGGGUUGACACGGGACAUAGAUGCUGAACUUGAUCGACCAAAGACGUACGAGGACCUGGAUAUGUUACAAGACGACUACCAUUUCAAGAGACUCGUGCGUACCACCUGUGGCUUGUUCAUCACCUUCGUCAAGUCGUCUGUGCACCUGUUCCAUCAGACUGCUCGAGAGUACCUCAUGUCGGACUCAAAAACCGGAGAACGCCUUUAUUCGGCCACCAUUGCCAAAACUGUAGGCUCGUGGAAGCACUCGAUCACGCUAGAACAGGCCAACUGUGUCAGUGCAAGAGUCUGCCUAGAGCUGCUCAGUUUCGAUGUUACCGAGGACUGGGUGUGGAAGGUGUGA